AUGUAUGUCACUGUCCAUUUACAGCUCUCUGAGCUUUAUGGACAUUCUGAGACCUCUUCAAAGGAAACUCUAAUUGAAGAGAAAAGACCAAAGACCAAGUGCCCGGCCAGUGUCGCUGGGGCUGCUGACAUUGACAACACCAACGAGGAGGCUUCAGUGGAGUCUCCGAAUAACAAUGUGGUGGAUGUCCAGGCUGAACCGCUGGCCCUGGUCGGUGUGGAGAAAGAGGCUGCUGGAGAUGGAAAGGUCCUCAGCAAGGUGGUGAAGCCCAAAGUGUGGCUGAAGGAGGGUUGUAAAGAUCAGCUAACCCGAAAAUUCUAUGAUAUGAUUGCGGAACUACCAAAGUCCUAUUUCGGAUCCACUGAGAGCCUUCCUGAGAUGUGUGGCAGAGGUCCUGAGGUGUGUAGCAGAGUGCCUGAGGUGUGCAGCAGAGGUCCUGAGGUGUGCAGAAGCGUGCCUGAGGUGAGAAGCGGAGGUCCUGAGGUGAUGUGCAGAGGUCCUGAGGUGAGCAGCAGAGGUCCUGAGGUGUGCAGCAUAAGUUCACAGGUGUGCAGCACAGGUCCUGAGGUGUGCAGUGGAGUGCCUGAGGUGUCAAAUGCAGUGGGAGAGGUGUUAAGUGACACAAAGAAGACAGAGGCUACUGGAGCCCUUCUGAACACUGGAAAUGGCCUGAGAAAGGUGGUGCAGCUAUCCAAUGAGAGCCGUCCUGAGGUGUGCAGCAGUCCCGAGGUAUGCAGUGGAGUGCCUGACAUGUGCAGUGGAGUGCCUGAAGUGUUCAAUGGAGAUCCUGAGGUGUGCAGGGGAAGUCCUGAGGUGUUCAGUGAGGUGCCUGAGGCACCAAACGCAGUGGAAGAGGUGUCCAGUGACAAAAAGAAGACAGCGGCUGCUGAAAACCUUCUGGACACUGAAAAUGUCCUUAGCAAGGUUGUGAACCCCAAAGGGUGGCUGAAGGAGGGCUGGGAAGAUCAGCUGCACAGAGACUUCAAUAAUAUGAUUGCAAAACUCCCAAAGUCCUAUUUCGGAUCCACCGAGAGCCUUCCUGAGGUGUGCAGCAGAGGUCCUGAGGCCUCAAACGCAGUGGAAGAGGUGUGCAGUGACACAAAGAAGACAGAGUCUACUGGAAAUCAUCUGAAAACGGGAAAUGGCCUAAGCAAGGUGGUGCAGCUAUCCACUGAGAGCCGUCCUGAGGUGUGCAGCAGUCCUGAGGUGUUCAUCAGAGUGCCUGAGGUGUUCAGUGGAGGUCCCGAGGUAUGCAGUGGAGUGCCUGACAUGUGCAGUGGAGUGCCUGAAGUGUUCAAUGGAGGUCCUGAGGUGUGCAGGGGAAGUCCUGAGGUGUUCAGUGAGGUGCCUGAGGCACCAAACGCAGUGGAAGAGGUGUCCAGUGAUAAAAAUAAGACAGCCGCUGCUGAAAACCUUCUGGACACUAAAAAUGUCCUUAGCAAGGUGGUGAAACCCAAAGGGUGGCUGAAGGAGGGCUGGGAAGAUCAGCUGCACCGAGACUUCAAUAAUAUGAUUGCAAAACUCCCAAAGUCCUAUUUCGGAUCCACCGAGAGCCUUCCUGAGGUGUGCAGCAGAGGUCCUGAGGCCUCAAACGCAGUGGAAGAGGUGUGCAGUGACACAAAGAAGACAGAGUCUACUGGAAACCAUCUGAAAAAGGGAAAUGGCCUAAGCAAGGUGGUGCAGCUAUCCACUGAGAGCCGUCCUGAGGUGUGCAACAGUCCUGAGGUGUGCAUCAGAGUGCCUGAGGUGUUCAGUGGAGGUCCCGAGGUAUGCAGUGGAGUGCCUGACAUGUGCAGUGGAGUGCCUGAAGUGUUCAAUGGAGAUCCUGAGGUGUGCAGGGGAAGUCCUGAGGUGUUCAGUGAGGUGCCUGAGGCACCAAAUGCAGUGGAAGAGGUGUCCAGCGACAAAAAGAAGACAGCGGCUGCUGAAAACCUUCUGGACACUGAAAAUGUCCUUAGCAAGGUUGUGAACCCCAAAGGGUGGCUGAAGGAGGGCUGGGAAGAUCAGCUGCACAGAGACUUCAAUAAUAUGAUUGCAAAACUCCCAAAGUCCUAUUUCGGAUCCACCGAGAGCCUUCCUGAGGUGUGCAGCAGAGGUCCUGAGGCCUCAAACGCAGUGGAAGAGGUGUGCAGUGACACAAAGAAGACAGAGUCUACUGGAAACCAUCUGAAAACGGGAAAUGGCCUAAGCAAGGUGGUGCAGCUAUCCACUGAGAGCCGUCCUGAAGUGUGCAGCAGUCCUGAGGUGUGCAUUAGAGUGCCUGAGGUGUUCAGUGGAGGUCCCGAGGCCUCAAACACAGUGGAAGAGGUUUGCAGUGACACAAAGAAGACAGAGGCUACUGUAAACCUUCUGAAAACGGGAAAUGGCCUAUGCAAGGUUGUGCAGCUAUCCACUGAGAACUGUCCUGAGGUGUGCAGCAGUCCUGAGGUGUGCAUCAGAGUGCCUGAGGUGUUCAGUGGAGGUCCCGAGGUAUGCAGUGGAGUGCCUGACAUGUGCAGUGGAGUGCCUGAAGUGUUCAAUGGAGGUCCUGAGGUGUGCAGGGGAAGUCCUGAGGUGUUCAGUGAGGUGUCUGAGGCACCAAACGCAGUGGAAGAGGUGUCCAGUGACAAAAAGAAGACAGCGGCUGCUGAAAACAUUCUGGACACUGAAAAUGUCCUUAGCAAGGUGGUGAAGCCCAAAGGGUGGCUGAAGGAGGGCUGGGAAGAUCAGCUGCACCGAGACUUAAAUAAUAUUAUUGCAAAACUCCCAAAGUCCUAUUUCGGAUCCACCGAGAGCCUUCCUGAGGUGUGCAGCAGAGGUCCUGAGGCCUCAAACGCAGUGGAAGAGGUGUGCAGUGACACAAAGAAGACAGAGUCUACUGGAAACCAUCUGAAAACGGGAAAUGGCCUAAGCAAGGUGGUGCAGCUAUCCACUGAGAGCCGUCCUGAAGUGUGCAGCAGUCCUGAGGUGUGCAUUAGAGUGCCUGAGGUGUUCAGUGGAGGUCCCAAGGCCUCAUACACAGUGGAAGAGGUGUGCAGUGACACAAAGAAGACAGAGGCUACUGUAAACCUUCUGAAAACGGGAAAUGUCCUUAGCAAGGUUGUGCAGCUAUCCACUGAGAACCGUCCUGAGGUGUGCAGCAGUCCUGAGGUGUGCAUCGGAGUGCCUGAGGUGUUCAGUGGAGGUCCCGAGGUAUGCAGUGGAGUGCCUAUCAUGUGCAGUGGAGUGCCUGAAGUGUUCAAUGGAGGUCCUGAGGUGUGCAGGGGAAGUCCUGAGGUGUUCAGUGAGGUGUCUGAGGCACCAAACGCAGUGGAAGAGGUGUCCAGUGACAAAAAGAAGACAGCGGCUGCUGAAAACAUUCUGGACACUGAAAAUGUCCUUAGCAAGGUGGUGAAGCCCAAAGGGUGGCUGAAGGAGGGCUGGGAAGAUCAGCUGCACCGAGACUUCACUAAUAUGAUUGCAAAACUCCCAAAGUCCUAUUUCGGAUCCACCGAGAGCCUUCCUGAGGUGUGCAGCAGAGGUCCUGAGGCCUCAAACGCAGUGGAAGAGGUGUGCAGUGACACAAAGAAGACAGAGUCUACUGGAAACCAUCUGAAAACGGGAAAUGGCCUAAGCAAGGUGGUGCAGCUAUCCAAUGAGAGCCGUCCUGAGGUGUGCAGCAGUCCUGAGGUGUGCAUCAGAGUGCCUGAGGUGUUCAGUGGAGGUCCCGAGGUAUGCAGUGGAGUGCCUAUCAUGUGCAGUGGAGUGCCUGAAGUGUUCAAUGGAGGUCCUGAGGUGUUCAGUGAGGUGCCUGAGGCACCAAACGCAGUGGAAGAAGUGUCCAGUGACAAAAAGAAGACAGCGGCUGCUGAAAACCUUCUGGAAACUGAAAAUGUCCUUAGCAAGGUGGUGAACCCCAAAGGGUGGCUGAAGGAGGGAUGGGAAGAUCAGCUGCACCGAGACUUCACUAAUAUGAUUGCAAAACUCCCAAAGUCCUAUUUCAGAUCCACUGAGAGCCUUCCUGAGGUGUGCAGCAGAGGUCCUGAGGCCUCAAACGCAGUGGAAGAGGUGUGCAGUGACACAAAGAAGACAGAGUCUACUGGAAACCAUCUGAAAACGGGAAAUGGCCUAAGCAAGGUGGUGCAGCUAUCCAAUGAGAGCCGUCCUGAGGUGUGCAGCAGUCCUGAGGUGUGCAUUAGAGUGCCUGAGGUGUUCAUUGGAAGUCCCGAGGCCUCAAACACAGUGGAAGAGGUGUGCAGUGACACAAAGAAGACAGAGGCUACUGUAAACCUUCUGAAAACGGGAAAUGGCCUAUGCAAGGUUGUGCAGCUAUCCACUGAGAACCGUCCUGAGGUGUACAGCAGUCCUGAGGUGUGCAUCGGAGUGCCUGAGGUGUUCAGUGGAGGUCCCGAGGGGAAGUCCUGA